CAAUCCUAAUACAAAACUCACCAACAACUGAGGGAUAUUCAAUGGCAGAAAUGCGAAAUGGGCGUGUUUCUCCAUCUUCAUCUCCGCCAACACCACCAUCUCCCCUGCCCAUUAGCACGGGACCCGGCAACCAAAAGUACUCAUUCUCCCCAUCUCCUUCUCCAUCCCCACCCUUUUCGCUGCCUCCUUCAAGCCACACGUCCACUGAAAACCUCCCAUUUUUGCCUGAUAAAUUGGCUACUGCUGCAAAGGUGGCGUCUGCAUUUUCACUGGACCUUCAGCAUCCUCGUCAAAUGGAUUCUAGGAGCUCAUGCCUUCAGGACUUGCUAGAAUGGUUUUUACAGAAAUGCUGCAACUGCUGUUCCAAGUUUCUCUGAAUCCAGUAUAUCAAGUAACCACAAAGAUGGAGAAGAAGUAGCACUUCCUUCCUCUUCCCCUCUUGUCCCUGGUAUUCAUUUUUGCUAGCAAAUUUGCUCACUGCAUUCCAUUGUUAAGGAAAUAUAACCGCAUAAAUGAACAAAUUGCAACAAAAAUUUUGUACAACGGCAUUUUUUACACUUCAUUCUUCCCAGCUUAUCAGCCAUAGAACCACUUUUGGCGCCUUUCCUUUAUAGCCUAAUACUUUCGAUUUGAAGAUAGAGGGGGCGGAGAUCCUCUUGUUGAUCCCCGCAACUACAUUAUUCAGAAGCUCAUUUUCAAUUUUUUUGAGUUAUUAAGUAGCCUCAUUGAAGGCCAGUGAAAAUCGGACCAUUAUUGCAACACUGAAUCUGAUUGGACAUGAUAUUAAUAUCUGCUAAAGUUGGCAACCAAUGGUAC